GAAGUCCUGACAUCGUUACAUCGCUGAAUGCGGCCACAUCCUCGCCCCUGGAUUAUAAAGCCUACUUUAUUCGAGUCAGCCACCCUACCUAAAAACUCCUUUUUUUUUUUUUCCUUGACCUUACAACCUUUUAAAGACUGGACUCAUCUACGCCUCCGCUGCCACAGUCACUGCUGCUCUGCCACGAGACAAGGACACUUCAACCUCUGCCCAAGUAUCUUCACACCCCAGAGAUCCAGACUCCACCAGCACCUCAAACUUCAACUUUACAGAGAUGAAGGGUCACGUAGCAUGGUUUGCCCUUCUUCUGUGCACGGCCGUUGCAGCCUCUGCCUCAAGUCAAAUGUGUGAUCCAACGGAGGUUAAUGACAACCCAUGGGUGUACGUGAGCAAGAUGCUAAUUGGCUGUUGGACCAGCUUCAUCACAGAGGACAAGGCAGAGGUCCACAUCCUUAACCUGAACUUUGCUGCCACGGAUGCCAAUAUGUUCUCUCUCGAGAUGGCCGAUGCCAAGCCGAUGAACCUCAUCCUCACAUCGUCAGACACGGCCUACGGUCUAUACAACGUCAACCCCAAUGUUAACAUUUAUAUAAACAAUGACUCCACAAUUACACUACAUGCUAAUCACCAUCACAACAAUCUCCACAAGGAAGACUUCCCCACUCAAGACGAGGAGCUGGUCAAGUGGGCGACACAGAAGUUUGGGGGUGUGACUUCAUUCACCACAAUCCGAAAUCUGAUAGUAAUGUCAUCGACGGGAACAGAUGGAACCAAACCUGGCUCCCGCAACUGCAUACUUAAAAAUGAAGAUGCAUUAGAGAAGCACUUUAUGAAGAUUAAAACAGCACCCCUGGCUUCCUCGUUCAAAUCUUGCUCCCCACAGCAGCAGACACCCAGCGAUGCCGAGCUUCACAUCAUAAACAUCCCAGAGAAUGCCAGCGUUCGCAAUGUGUCACUUCGCAUUGACGCUAUGAAGACUAGUGUGUUCCUGAGAGGCCCUCAGGGCACCACAUGGAUCUUCCUCAACCCACAACACGCCCAUAUUUUUUCCAACAAUGACAUCCUGCUGCCCACCAUCACACACAAAAUCCAGCCUUUGUUUACACUGAACAGCGACAAUGCAGAUGAUGUGCAGAGGACGGCUUUGGAUCACUUCAAAGCCACUACUUUCACCAGCUACACUGAACUCAGACCAGAGGACUCUGCGGUUUUACUGGUCCUCGGAAGAAAAGACAACCCCGCAGUUCUAGAACCAGCAACAACACCCGCCGCUCUCGUCACAACCAAUGCCCCUCAUCAGAUGCCACUGCUGAUGCAGCUAUACACAUCCCCAGACUAUCGUUCUCCCCUGGACUCUAACACCAAGGUGCAGAGUGACAAGAGAAUUUAUGCAGAGAUUUCAGGGCACACUUUAGGGGAUAUUGUCUUGACCAUCAAGGUGAUCAGCUGCUUUGUGCGCUCCACGGGAUCAUGCCCUGUAGAGAAAGAGCUACCCAUCAUGCCAGAGGCCUGCUCUUUAAAUUCUUGUCCCAACAGCACCCGACUCAGCUUCUCCUUAGAUCAGCUCCAAGAGCUGACGUCCACCACAUGGGACCUGGAAUGCUCUGUCAAACUCUGCUACAGUGAGAAAUGUGGAGAUGGAGGAAGAGUGAAGAGGAAUCUGGAGGUUACCCAGCCGUGUCUGCAACCACCAACCCCACCGUGCUUUGAUUUUGGCCUACCUGGUGUCCUGGGCAUUGCUUUUGGAGGGUUCCUGAUUGGAGUUUUACUUAUCGGAGCACUGUGGUUUAUCAGAAUUAAAACAGGGUACCCAACUGGAUUGGACAAAGGCUCAACCGCAGCAAAUCUUCCCGGGUGCCACUGCUCAGGAGCAAAACGACAACCUGUCUCUAACAACCCUUCCCCCUCUGAGAACAGCAGCGCCAACGCAAGCAUUGGAAGCACCCAAAGUACACCGACCAGCAGCAUGGCAUGAGAUUAUGGUAAUCUCCACCACCAGCAGAGCUACCGUCUCCCUUCAAAGUCACCUAUACGGGUUUUGUGCUUUUGUUUUCUUUAAUAAUGCUUAAAAAGCAUUUCUCCCCUCCCUGCCCCAUCAAAUUCUCAUUAAAAAGCACAACCCACGUCUGAGACUCACCAAGCCUGAAAUGGAUGUGAUCUGGGAGUUUGUAAUGGUGGAUCAGGGAAGGAGCUGGGUGACGGAUAACAGAAGUGUAAUCAAUGGCCUCUGAUGCUCACCUCUGCAGCCUCUCUGUAAUGUCAAGCUCCUAGACAGGAAGUUAAAGAGGGCAGGAGAAAAAAAAAUAAAUUGGCUCCCAGCAACAGGAAAAACAAACCAUAUCCCCCAAGAGCUAACAGGAAAUUCACUGCAUUCCAUUCGAUGAAUUGUGCUUGUGUGAUGGCAGCACAAUAAUAGUUAGACAGGAGACAGACCAGUCAAAAGACCGACUUUGAAAAACAGAUGAAAAGCUGUUUUGCAUUCACAUCUAAGCUAUAAAAAUAUGAAGGGCUUUCGACUAGGUCGGUCCCAAAAGUUAUCAACAACGUCUCGGGGACGGAAAAGCUCAACAUGUCAGGAUCUCAAACCAGUCAAUGAAAUGCUCACUUCAAGGGGUAUUUGUCUUAAUUGGAGUUCGAGGUCAAUAGUUAACAGCUACCUCCUAUUUUUUAGAAGUCUGGAGCCAAGUGUGAACUUAAAACUAGACUUCUCUGGUGAAUUGAUCUUAUUUUCUGCCUUUUUCAAUUUAUGUUUUUAUUCUGUGUCACUUUAGGUGAAUCUUGGAGUUGACCCUCUGGGUCAUUUGUAGCUCAUAAACAUAGCCAUGGUGCCAUUUUUAUGCUAUCCAAUAGCUGUAUCAGGGCCUUCAUAUCAAGGUUUUUUUCUUCCAGUGUUUAUUGAAAGUUACAAAUAUACUUGAUUUCCUAAUUACUCAACAAAACCAAUCCCAAAAUUAGAUUUAUGGCCCGAAGGUUUCCAAUAAAUCAUGAACCAUCAAGGGAAAAAAGUACUUUUAUUUAUGUGAGCUGAGAAGUAAUCACUCCUGUAAUGUACAGCACAGCAUGCAGAGAUACAUGGCUGUAUUCAGAGCUGAGUAAUGUGCCCAUAAUGAGGAGUCAGUACUAAAACUCUGCACAUCAGUCAUCAGACCCCAGACUUAGGUAUGGACUUGAGCACCACUCAUACAGCUACACCCAUAGGGUGGAGUUUCCCCAAAAUAGUCUGUCUGAAGGUGAAACUCCAGUACUUUUCCUUUGCACAAUGUCCAUUCUCAGUCUGUUACCACUGCCUGAUAAUUUGUUGUAAUCACAAUUUUUCACUUGAAAUGGCAUGUCUGUGGUAAUAUGCACAAACACAUACAUACAACAAGACUCUUCAUUAUCACCCUGUGUACCUCCAUGCAAAUGUUCACAGUGAAUAAACCAUCACUUUUGGUGUAUUUCAAGAUCAAGACAUUAAGCAAGUAUAAAGUGUCCAACCUGCUUGCUCAUAUUCAGUGUCUUGUCAUUCAAAAUGUAGCCAGCUACUGCUCUAUCUUUUGAUGCGAAACAACAGGGAAAUCAUUUUUAGACCUCUAAUGGAUGAUAUGGAUCGAUGUGACCAAACUCCAGAGCCCAGUUGUUCAGAAGUAAUGUGAUCGGAUCAGAUUGGAUCAAAGCCUUAAUGGGUUAUUCAAAAGAAAAAAAAGAAAACAACUCUGAAAUUGUGUUAGAUCACAUAACCCUGUCACAGUUUUGGUUUUGAUAGAAUCAAACCUCCAGUAUGUGUUGUUCAGAACUUUUUGGUAGGACUGGGAUCUAAAAAAGUCUGAAUUAUUCUGAUCCCAGCAGGAGAGUGGAUUCGGUGUGGCUUUGAGGAACAAAAUGUAAUAAAACUUUUAAACUUAUCAAGCACAGUAAAGUAAAAAAAAGUCCCCCUAGAACAAUCCCCCCCAAAUAGCUGUCUGUAUCAAACCCAGAGCAUUUAAUUUAACUUUUGUUUAUCACAUUAUAUUAAUUACAAUGACACAGUCAGACCUAGUUUCUAACAACCGCAUUCCCCAUGCUGCUUUCUGUCUCUUCUAUUACACUUAACAGUUAAAGUGACCCCACGCUGCCUGUUCUUCCUGUUCUCUACAUAGUUAGUAGCCUACAUUGUGAUAUAUAGUCCCAUUCAGCACUGGUUAUCUGUGUUUGGUAAUCUUAAAAAGUUUGUAUGUGGGUCACGAUGAUCCAAUCCAGAGACUGGCACAAAAGUAAGAUGGACUGAUUGGGUGAUCCUUGUUAGCAGAACAUGGGCUCAUGGGAUUUUAAAAUCUGGACCAUUCUGAUCCUGAUUGAUGAUAAGUGUGAUGUUUAAAAAUUAAAUAUUGAUAUUAUGUUAGUAAUACAGAUGUGAUAAAAUCGGGGGAAUAAUCCAGCGCCUGUUAAAUCAUUCCUGUUUCUUUCCAUUCUCGCUUUGUCUCCCUCCCACAACGCCAUCUGGUUGCCUUUUCACUAGCCAUUAAUUUUAAUUGCUCUUUUUGUAUGCUUUGUUGCAGUUACGGUUACAGACUCUCUCCUCAUCUCACUGCACUUGAAUUUUGAGUGUAAUUCAUUUGCCAAAAUAAAAGAGACAAAAUGCGCCGUAAACAAAGUUAAAGUUGAAUUUGACAGAUAGCAAUAUUAAUAUUUAAAUUUCCAUAUAUAAUCGCGAUAAUACCCGUAUCGUGAACUCCUAUAGUCUUAAUAAUUGUGAAGUGAAAAACUGAUAUUUUGACAGUCCCACUUUAGGUACAAACAAUAGGCUUAAAUAUUCCAUAAUGAAAUUCACAUUUAAUUAGUUUUUUCUUUUGCAAAAAGAAAUUAAAUCUGUAAGAUUUAAAACAAAUGUUUGGGCUACAAAACCCCAUUUCCAGUUGAAAACUGGCAACCUCAGUCACGUUGACUGUGCAUAUGUUGUAUUGAGAUAUAUCUAUAUUUCCAAAACUGAGUUAACACCAGCAAGCUCCCCAGCCUUUCCCUUAAACUUUGCACAUAAGUCACCAGCUCUGAAUACAGCCUAUUUGGUUUAUAUAGUAUAAUCAAUAGUAGCAACAGAACAUUCAGUUGUGCUUUAAUUCCAUGAAGACUGCUUUCAAAAUCCAGCUCUAGCUUUAUUUCCAGCUGUCACAUGGCAAUAAAAUGGAAACUGUCACUUGACAGUAAAAAGUUUCAGUAACACUUUACUUGAAGGUAUCUACAUAAGAGUGACAUGACAUUGUCAUAACUAUGACAUGACAUGGUUAUGAACCUGUCAUGAACAUUAU